UCUCCAUCCCCUUUCGUUCCUCCACCCCCACCAGGAAACAACCCUGGUUGAUCUGAAGGGUUUUCGCGUGCAAGUUGCUUGCUUUUUAUUGUACUCUGAAUGCAGGGAGGGGGGCGCAUUAAAUAUCUCCCGCUCAACUCCUGGUUCACCCCCCUCACCAAUCAAUUUAACGUUGCAGCUAAGUGUAUCUUACAGGGAUUUGGAACAUACAUAUUUUAUCAGACUAUUUAUUUAUUAUUAUAUUUUAGUUUAUACUUUGCUUUGUUUUUAACACUCCAAGAGGGCAGAAAUGGCGGCCAACAUGUACCGGGUCGGAGAUUAUGUCUUCUUCGAGAAUUCCUCCAGUAACCCCUAUCUCAUUCGGCGAAUAGAGGAGCUCAAUAAGACUGCGAGUGGGAACGUGGAAGCCAAGGUGGUGUGCUUCUACAGACGGAGAGAUAUCUCACACAGCCUCAUCCAGCUGGCUGACAAACAUGCCAAGGACCUGGAGGAGGAGAAGGAGAGCCCCAGCGAGCCGGAUCUGAGCGAUAAACAGAAGCACCAGCUGCGCCACAGAGAACUCUUCCUCUCCCGGCAAUACGAGUCGCUGCCGGCAACGCACAUCAGGGGGAAGUGUAGCGUGGCGCUCCUGAACGAGACGGAGUCUGUCCUUUCUUACCUGGACAAAGAGGACUCCUUCUUCUACUCGCUGGUGUACGACCCCACACAGAAGACGCUGCUGGCAGACAAGGGCGAGAUACGGGUGGGGCCGCGUUUCCAGGCCGACGUCCCGGAAAUGCUACAGGAGGGUCAACCAGAUGACCGGGACCAGUCCAAACUGGAGGUGAAGAUGUGGGACCCCGAGUGCCCGCUCACAAACAAACAGAUCGACCAGUUCCUGGUUGUUGCACGCGCGGUGGGGACGUUCGCCCGGGCGCUGGACUGCAGCAGCUCCGUCAGACAGCCCAGCUUGCACAUGAGCGCGGCGGCGGCCUCCAGAGACAUCACACUGUUCCACGCUAUGGACACCCUGCACCGGCACGGCUACGACCUGUCCAGCGCCAUCGGCGUGCUCGUACCGCAGGGCGGCCCGGUCCUCUGCCGGGACGAGAUGGAGGAGUGGAGCUCGUCCGAGGCCAACCUGUUCGAGGAGGCCCUGGAGAAGUACGGCAAGGACUUCAACGACAUUCGGCAAGACUUUCUGCCAUGGAAAUCGUUGACCAGCAUCAUCGAGUACUACUAUAUGUGGAAGACCACCGACAGAUACGUACAACAGAAACGGCUGAAGGCUGCAGAGGCAGAGAGCAAGUUGAAACAAGUUUACAUCCCGACAUAUAACAAGCCCAACCCCAACCAGAUCGCCGUCAGCAACGGCAAGAUGGCGGCGGCAGUGAACGGGGCGUCCGGGCCCGGCGGGUAUCAGACGGCGGGCGCCGGGCGAGCGUGCGAAAGCUGCUUCUCCAUUCAGUCCCCGCAGUGGUACUCGUGGGGCCCCCCCAACAUGCAGUGUCGCCUGUGCGUGUCCUGCUGGACGUACUGGAAGAAGUACGGGGGGCUGAAGAUGCCGAGCCGAGCCGAGGGGGAAGAGAAGACGUCCCCCAGCCCGUCCCCUAACGAGCCCCGGCCGCGCGGUCACGGAGCCCGCCAGUCCUCUCACAUGGUCCCGGUGCGGAACAGUGGCAGCCCCAAGUCCUCCAUGAAGACGAAGCAGGCCUUCCUCCUGCAGGCCACGCGCCUCACCAAGCUGGCCCGUCACAUGUGCCGUGACCUCAUCAGGCUGCGCCAGGCGGCCCGCCGGCCCUUUGUGCCCAUUAACUGUGGCGCCAUAAAGGCGGAGUACAUGAGCCGAGCACCGGAGAGACACGAGGGCUUGAGAACACGGGUUCGAACUUCACAGAAAAGCACCCUGUCUAGUGUCCUGCAGUACCUUGAGUCACGCCCAGCUCCUCACACCCCUCAGACCCCACGUACCCCUGGUCUGCAAGCUCCGCCCCCCCGAAGCCUGCUCUCGUCCCUGCCCAGCCAUGGGCCGCUCGGUAUGCUGGGAAAACGCAGCUAUCAGCACCACAGCAGGGGAGAGACAGCAGAGAGACGAGGGGGAGCGCUCGGACAAGACCACACAGGUCACAUGGGAGCCCCUAUCCUGCACAAUGGCCAGAGCAGUGGCAGCAGCAGCCUCCGUAAUAACAGCACCAUGCUCCGCAAGAGCCGCCCCAAUUGCGUUGACGCCCCCGAUGACAGCUUCUUCCUUGUUUCCCGGGAGACCAGGAAGGUCCGCAGGCUGCUCUCUCGUUCCCAGCUUAGGAGGGCCUGCAGGCAGCCGUGCGAGCAGAUCGGCCUGAGGAGGUCUCUUCCAGCGCCCUCACACGGAUCACUCCCCGCUGCGCUCCACCCCGGCCUAAGGGCCCGGGGCCCCAUUGUCAUUCAUGACUGAACUCUGCCCCCUGCUUUAUCAUCCCACAAAGAACUGCCACUCCAAUCCAAGCCCCUAUGGCACCACUAUCCUGCUCACACAGGUCCUUGCCAAACCCCGCCACCUCUCCUGUACUGUGAAAAGUACCGGCUCUCCUUCACUCUGAAUCCAGUAGUCCAUUGUCGCAUGUUGAUGACAUCACUGACGAGAAGGGAGAAACCACAAUUCCUUGUUUUUUUGGUGCUGAGCCUGCUGGUGUCACCAGCCCCCUUGUGGUGAAAAUGGACACAGAUAUUCUGAAAUGUUAAUAAGGUGUACAGUAUGUUGAAAAGACUCUUUGUGUGUGUGUGUGUGUGUGUGUGUGUGUCUGAGUGAGUGAAUUGAGAAAUGAGUAAUGCAAAAUUCUUUUGUUUUUACCAUGCGUCUCUUGUGAGUGCUAAAUGAUGGUGAAUAUGUUUGAUGCUAUUUAAGGUGUAUUAAAAAAAAUAAUAAACCUGACUCAGUUGGUUUUAUAUUUCAGGCAUGUCUAGAUGGAUCCACUAAGGUAUGCACGCAGAUAUAGAAUUACUAGAUUUACCCCAGCUUUUAAAAGUAAUGAAUGAAUGUAUGCUAGCACUGAACGUCUGUUUUUAUUGAGACUGAAUUAAUUCUUUUGUCAGCUGUACUGUAAUCAAUUCUGUAUUUGGAAUUCUGUAUAUGGCAGCAUUUGCAAUGAGACUUGAGAUUCUAGGUUCCAAUCUCUCUGUGCUUGUAGAUUAGCCAUUGAUUUUGAAACAACAGAACUACGUUCAACAAGGCGAAUAUUCACAAACAUUUGCCAACAUAUUUAAAGUUUUUCCUGUCAGUUUAUUUUUGCCAGUAAUGUUCACCGAUGUUAGCUAACAAUCUGAAAAAAAGUGUGGCAAACAAAUAGCUGUAGGAGCAAAGUUUCUGCAUUUGCACAUCUAGCUGGGGAAAACAUCAAGAUAUUGUCAAUUAUCAUGUAACUGUCAAACUUAAAUCACAAUGUCAGUUCUUCAGAUAAAUAGCAAAUUAAUUGUCAAAUUCUGUUUUGGUUUUUCAAGCUAGCUAUCGAUCAUACUUCAAGGUAACACUUUAAAGCUAGUUAGUCACAAUAACAUUAAUGUUAGCUAGCUAUAUUUGCUUGGUAGCUCGCUAUUCAUCCAUGUACUAUGUGAUUACUAGUCAUAUUAUCUAGCUAUUAAUAACCUCAACUUCUGAAAUAAAUGACCUAACUAGCCAUAUUUAUGCAUAUAUUAUCUGUCUAUAAAGUAUUCUAAUACUGCAGAAGCCAUGGCGAAAUUGACACUGAUUAUUCACAUCCAUUUUCAUUUAAAUUGUAUUAGCGGCACCACCAAGGACCACCAUUAGCAACCAACAUUGUUUACCGCAAAAGUAAGCCUUGUUGAACGUAGCUCAAAAGUCCAUUGCUAUAAUAUGUAUCCUUUCAGUAGAUAAUUCUGGGUAGAGCAGUGUGAUGUUGAUAUAAUCCUGUAGCCAAUCUAGUAAUUCUGCAUCUUUUCCCUUUAGCUCCUCCCCCCAGGCCAGUCUCCCUGAGUGAGACCUGUAGUGGUCAGGUCUGGAUGAUGCAGACCAAGGAAUCUGCUGACUGCCUGCACUCCCUCAGGGAUGUCUCUGUGAUGUGGAUAUGACCCCAUUUUUGAUAGAAUACCUUUUCAGAAUGGCCACAUGGGGCUCUAAAUCAAAUCUGGUUGCUAGUUAUCGUCCAGAAAAUAUUCUGGAAAAUUUUCAUUCCCUACUUCCCUGUGCUUCAAUGAAAUGAGGAAUCACCCACUCAGCUUGGUUCAAACCAUUCCAACAGCACCUGUUUUUUGUAUGUAUUUUCAUGUUGUAUUUUUCUGAUAGUCAAAAAUGUGCCAUGAAAUAUACUGAAUAAAACAUGCAGUUGUA